UACAGUGAAAGAGUUUACUGCAAAUUAUUGCAUGUGAGAUCUGAUUAAAUUCAACUGGAUUAGGUAAUGCAAUAAUAAUAUGAAAAAGAGCAAGAAUAGCAUAAGCAGACAAAAAUCCAAGCAUAAUUAUCUGAUAAUAUCAUCUAAUCUAACCACUAAUUUUGUAUCUUCAUGCACCUAAGUCAAAGUAUAAGUGGAUUCCAUUUCAUCACUUAUUGCAUGAAAACCCUUUAAUAUAUGAGGCCUUGCAUUAUUAUAUACUAAUUAAUAUUAUUAAGCACACAAUUACUCGUUCAAACUUAAUUACUCCGGUUGCCCUUUCUUUUUCGGUAUUCACUUAUUAUCUUCUACUCGUGAACAAGUUAAAACGACAUUUACAGCAAGUCGACGAGUCAUUUGUCACUAAAUAAUAUAGAAAAAUAAAAAUAAUGGAGCCAUAAUCUUUGUCUAUAAGUAGCACUUUUUGUUAAUGCAAGUACUCAUCAUCAAGCAAACAAACUCGGAAAAAAGAAAAAAAAAAAAAGAAUCAUGAGUUGCAAACAAUUUCAGACAUUUGUUUCAGUGCUUUUGUUUCUGUGCAUUGUUGAGUCAGAAGCUCAACUUCAGACGGGGUUUUAUCGAAGCUCGUGUGGCAUAGCCGAGUUUAUAGUUAAACAAGAAGUCAGAAAUGGCUUCUUCAAAGACAAUGGGAUUGCUGCUGGACUUGUUAGAUUACAUUUUCAUGACUGUUUUGUCAGGGGAUGUGAUGGAUCGGUGCUGAUAGAUUCCACGGCAUCAAACAAGGCGGAGAAAGAUUCACCGGCGAACAAUCCGAGCCUAAGAGGAUUUGAAGUAAUCGAUAAUGCAAAGGCCAGGAUUGAAGCCUUUUGUAAAGGCGUUGUUUCGUGUGCUGAUAUACUUGCUUUUGCAGCUCGUGAUAGUAUCGAGAUCACAGGAGGAUUUGGGUACGAUGUCCCUAGUGGGAGGAAAGAUGGGAGAGUUUCUUUAGAUACAGAGGCAUCACAAAAUCUGCCACCUCCUUCUUUUAAUGUUAAUCAACUCACUCAAGCUUUUGCUAAUAAAGGUUUAACUCAAGAAGAAAUGGUUACCCUUUCUGGAGCGCACACAUUAGGUAGGUCCCACUGCACGUCAUUCAGCAACAGGCUGUACAGUUUCAGCACAAACACGAGCCAAGAUCCGAGCCUAGAUGCGUUUUACGCGAGCCAGCUGAGGCAACAGUGUCCACGUGGCACGGGCCCGAAUCCGGUGGUCCCCAUGGACCCAUUCAGCCCGGCCCAGACCGAUGUGGGUUACUACAGAGGUGUAUUGUCUAAUAGAGGCCUUUUUACCUCGGACCAAACCCUAAUGACAAGCCCAAUAACACAGGCCCAAGUUUUCCAAAAUGCUCAGAACCCUUUCCUUUGGGCAAACAAAUUUGCUGCUGCUAUGGUUAAUAUGGGCAAGAUUGGUGUUUUAACUGGUAAUUCUGGUGAGAUUAGAGCUAGUUGUAGAGUGAUUAACAGCUAAUGCAAGUGCUUUAUUAUCAAGUCAUAAUCCUUUUCUUAUGUGUACUUCCAAUUUUAAUGGCAGCUGCCAGAAUAAAAUACUCCCAAUUA